UUAAUGAAAUACAGUACUUGUAUUUGAACGAACUCUUAUUUAAAUUGAAAUUAAAGUAGUCCGUUGUCAGAGUGAAACAAGCGCUCGUGGAAUACCAUGGACAAUAAGGCGUAUGUCAACACAAACGGAGACCAUGGCUUAGCCACCAAGCCUGCCGCACCUGAGACCACCUUCGGCUCGUGGAAGUCUCGCGGCGACGUGAAGAAGGUCCUCAUCGUGAUCAGCGUGGUCAGCGUGCUCGCUGUGGUGGCCCUCGUCAUUGCCCUGGCCGUGGUCGCCUCCCGCAAGGACGAUCCCCUGCCUGAGGUGUGCCAGACAGCAGACUGUGCGCUAGCAGCGGCCCGGAUACUGGAAAACGUGGACCCCAAAAUAAACCCCUGCGACAACUUCUAUCUGUUCGCAUGCGGCGCCUGGAAACGCAAGAACGUGAUCCCCGAGGACCGCUCCAGCCAGAAUGUGUUCGGCACGCUGCGGGACAGCGUCCAGGUUAUCAACAAAUAUCUGUUGGAGGACACGAAGAUGUACCAUGGUAUUGACGCCGUACAGAAGGCGAAGGAUCUGUACGCCUCCUGCGUAGACACCGCAACUAUCGAGACUCUCGGCGAGAGUGUGAUCACACCCCUAAUGAACGAGUUCGGCGGCUGGCCGGUCCUGGGUACAAACCCCGGUGGUAACUGGAACGAGGGCGCAUUCAGUCUGACUCGCUUGUUGACGUCACUGGUCAAGUACAGUAACGAGCCACUCAUCAGCAUUUACGUGAGCUCGGACGUAAAAGACUCGGAAAAUCACAUAAUAUACCUGGACCAGCCUGAAUUCGGCCUCCCAGGUCGCCUGUACUACCUGGAUCCAAAACUGACACACAUGCGCGACGCGUACGUCAAACUGGCAACGGCAGUGGCUAAGCUGCUGGGAGCGGAUAAUGCGACAGCCUGGGCGGACAUGGGUCGCAUGCUGGAACUCGAGACCGACAUAGCGAACAUCUCCAUGGCGGCGGAAGACAGACGUGAUAAUGAGGCUCUGUACAAUAAGAUGCAGAUAGGGCAAAUGGCGGCCAACCUUUCACAGCCGGCUUCAGCAGCCAAAAUACAGUUCGACUGGCUGCAGUACAUCCGGGGCGUUCUUGACCUUGAUGGUGUCAAAGUUGCUGUUAAUGAGAGCGAGCCAGUGGUGGUACGGGCCGUGCCGUACUUCCAGAAGUUGUUUGCUGUGUUAGAGAAGUACGAAAAAAGGGAAAUCGCUAACUACGUGGUAUGGGCAAUUAUGAUGAACAGGAUCAACAACCUGCCCAAGCGUUUCACCGACCUCGUACAGGACUAUAACGAGGUGGUGUUUGGCCAAACGACAUCUCGCGCCAGGUGGCGUCAGUGCGAGGACUACACCGUGGGGCAGAUGGGCAUGGCGGUGGGGCAUAUGUUCGUCCGAGAAACAUUCGAUGAGUCCGCUAAGGCAAUUGCCCUGGAUAUGAUCGAUAACAUUCGGAAUGCUUUCAAUGAGCUCCUGGAUGAACUGGACUGGAUGGACGGAAAAACAAAGGUGGCCGCCAGAGAGAAGGCUCGGGUCAUGAAAAACUGGAUUGGAUACCCGGAUGAUGUGAUUGCACCGGAGAAAAUCAACAAACUGUAUGAGAAUGUAACAAUAGUUAAAGAUAAGUACUUUGAAAAUGUGCUCAACAACCUGAAGGGUGCCGCGGUCGUUGGCUUGAGGCCUUUACGGGAGAAAUACGACAAGAACGUCUGGACCACCCCACCUUCCACGGUUAACGCCUUCUACAACUCCAUUCUCAAUGCCAUCAUGUUUCCUGCAGGCAUAUUGCAGCCACCUUUUUACAGCAAACAUCAGCCUAAGUCCAUGAAUUUCGGCGGUAUAGGUGUUGUUAUCGGUCACGAGAUUACGCACGGCUUCGACGAUAGGGGUCGGCAGUACGACAAAGACGGCAACCUGGCUCAUUGGUGGGACGAGACGAUCAUCGGGAAGUUCAAGGCCAAGGCACAGUGCAUCGUUAACCAGUACGGCAACUUCACCGUGUCAGAGGCCAACUUAAACGUUAAUGGCAUCAACACACAAGGUGAAAAUAUCGCCGAUAAUGGCGGCCUUAAACAAAGUUUCCGUGCGUACCGCCGGUGGGUGGAGUCCGUCGGCAAGGAGGAGCCGUUACUUCCGGGCCUCAACUACACACACAAUCAACUGUUCUUCAUCAACUUCGCUCAGAUCUGGUGCAACAACAUGCGACCCCAGGCGGCGAUCAGCGCUAUCAACACCGGCGUUCACAGCCCUGGGGAGUUCCGGGUGAUCGGCACGCUACACAACUCGCCUGACUUUGCAGCGGCCUUCAAAUGUUCCAACAAGCAGUACAUGAACCCAGAAAAGAAGUGCUACGUGUGGUGAUCUCGGGACCGAACUAUAUAUAUUGGUGUAAGAUAAUUAUGAAGGCGAUCCGGAAGUGUUCCGUUAAGUGAUCGCGCACCUGAAUGUAGAAAACAACUAACACACAUGAACUAUUGUACAUAGUUUUCUGUAAAUGUAAAUACGUAUCGAUGUCAUGCAUUAUAUAGACGCUUCCCAACAGUGCUACGUGAAGUGAUCGCAGAUCGUAAUGUAUAAAACAACUUACUCAAAAGUAAAACGUGUUCUGAAGAUGACAUACGAAUCUGUGAAAAUGUCUUACAGCGAAAAAAAAGUUACAUGUUAUUUGUUUUGAGACGAUUCCGUUCGGUUGCUUGUCAUGAUACUGCUUUGUUAAGACGUUUAAAACGUAUGUUACUUUUAAACACGUUCUUGAACACGAACAACAAGCUUUCUAUCAUUGUCCAUGAUCGUUGCACAGGUAUCAUUCUAGAAUAGAAAAGAAGUGUCCUUAUAUACGGAAACUGUGACUUCAAUAGAAAACAUCUUUAUGUAUCAUAUUUUACGCUAUAUCUCAUUGUUGAUUGUAUAUUUACACGUAAAUAUGUUAACGUAUAUUAUAAACAAAAUAUCGUAUUCGAGACAUGUAUAUCGUAUGUAGCAACAUGACGCAAUGUAUAUUUCUAUUAGAAUGGAUUAAAAAUAAACGUAUGGUUAUAAA